CUCGCCGCGAGAACCGCGCUGCGAGAGAGCCCCGCCGCAGCCAUGUUCCCCCAGAGCCGGCACCCCACCCCGCACCAGGCUGCGGGCCAGCCUUUCAAAUUCACCAUCCCGGAGUCGCUGGACCGCAUCAAGGAGGAGUUCCAGUUCCUCCAGGCGCAGUACCACAGCCUUAAAUUGGAAUGUGAGAAACUGGCAAGCGAAAAGACAGAAAUGCAGAGGCACUAUGUGAUGUAUUAUGAGAUGUCGUAUGGAUUAAACAUUGAAAUGCACAAACAGACAGAAAUCGCCAAGAGGUUGAAUACAAUUUGUGCACAAGUCAUCCCAUUUUUGUCUCAGGAACAUCAGCAGCAAGUGGCCCAAGCUGUAGAACGUGCCAAACAAGUGACCAUGGCUGAACUGAAUGCCAUCAUCGGGGUACGUGGCCUUCCAGGUCUACCUCCUACACAGCAGCAGUUGCAGGCUCAACAUCUCUCCCAUGGCCAUGGACCUCCAGUGCCUCUAACACCGCAUCCAUCAGGACUUCAGCCUCCAGGAAUCCCUCCACUCGGAAGCAGUGCUGGCCUUCUUGCCCUUUCUAGUGCUUUGGGUGGGCAGUCUCACUUGGCAAUAAAAGAUGACAAGAAGCAUCACGAUGCAGAACACCACAGAGACAGAGAGCCGGGCACAAGUAAUUCUCUGUUGGUCCCGGACAGUCUGCGAAGCACAGAUAAACGCAGGAAUGGCCCUGAAUAUACCAAUGACAUCAAAAAGAGAAAGGUGGAUGAUAAGGAUUCCAGCCACUAUGACAGUGAUGGGGACAAGAGUGACGAUAACUUGGUUGUAGAUGUAUCCAAUGAGGAUCCUUCUUCCCCAAGGGCAAGUCCCACUCAUUCACCACGUGAAAACGGUAUAGAUAAAACCCGCCUGCUGAAGAAAGAUGCCUCUAGCAGUCCAGCAUCUACAGCCUCUUCAGGAAGUUCCACUUCCCUCAAAUCCAAAGAAAUGAGUCUGCAUGAAAAAGCCAGCACGCCUGUUCUGAAAUCCAGCACACCAACUCCUCGAAGUGAUGUGCCAACCCCAGGCACUAGUGCAACUCCAGGACUUCGUCCAGGCCUUGGCAAGCCUCCAACAAUGGACCCUCUGGUUAACCAAGCUGCCGCAGGUUUGCGGACACCGUUGGCAGUACCAGGACCGUACCCUGCUCCAUUUGGAAUGGUACCUCAUGCUGGCAUGAAUGGAGAGUUAACCAGUCCAGGGGCAGCCUAUGCCAGUCUGCACAAUAUGUCACCCCAGAUGAGUGCUGCUGCUGCUGCAGCUGCUGUGGUUGCCUAUGGAAGAUCUCCUAUGGUUGGGUUUGAUCCUCCUCCUCACAUGAGAGUACCUGGAAUCCCUCCAAAUCUAGCAGGGAUUCCUGGGGGAAAACCAGCCUACUCCUUUCACGUUACUGCAGAUGGUCAGAUGCAGCCAGUUCCUUUCCCUCCUGAUGCCCUCAUCGGUCCAGGAAUCCCUCGCCAUGCCCGUCAGAUCAACACUCUGAACCACGGGGAAGUUGUGUGUGCAGUUACCAUCAGCAACCCCACGAGACACGUGUACACGGGUGGGAAGGGGUGCGUCAAGGUCUGGGACAUCAGCCAGCCUGGCAACAAGAGCCCUGUCUCUCAGCUGGACUGCCUGAACAGAGAUAACUACAUCCGCUCUUGUAAAUUGCUGCCUGAUGGAUGCACCCUAAUAGUUGGUGGGGAAGCCAGCACAUUAUCCAUAUGGGACCUGGCAGCACCAACUCCUCGUAUAAAAGCAGAGCUGACAUCCUCAGCCCCUGCCUGCUAUGCGCUGGCUAUCAGCCCUGAUUCCAAGGUGUGCUUUUCCUGCUGCAGUGAUGGGAACAUCGCAGUGUGGGAUCUGCACAAUCAGACGUUGGUCAGGCAAUUCCAGGGCCACACAGACGGAGCCAGCUGUAUUGACAUUUCUAAUGAUGGUACCAAGCUCUGGACAGGAGGUUUGGAUAACACUGUUAGAUCCUGGGACUUGAGAGAGGGGAGACAGCUACAACAGCAUGACUUCACGUCACAGAUAUUUUCCCUUGGUUAUUGUCCUACUGGUGAAUGGCUAGCUGUGGGAAUGGAGAGCAGCAAUGUAGAAGUGCUACAUGUAAAUAAACCAGACAAAUAUCAACUGCACCUUCAUGAGAGUUGUGUAUUGUCACUCAAGUUUGCUUACUGUGGUAAAUGGUUUGUGAGUACUGGGAAAGAUAACCUUCUUAAUGCAUGGAGAACUCCUUAUGGAGCCAGUAUCUUCCAGUCCAAAGAAUCUUCGUCAGUGCUUAGCUGUGACAUCUCUGUGGAUGAUAAGUACAUAGUCACUGGCUCUGGAGACAAAAAGGCUACAGUCUAUGAAGUUAUCUACUGAAAAAUAUGAUGGGGAUAUAACUUUUAGAAGUUGAACUGGGCCAAAAUUGUUCUUAAUUGUAGAAGUAGAAAGGUUUUGCCUUUUAAAAAGGAACAAAAGUAUUGAGGUUCCAGACCUUGCCAUGAAACUACUCCGAUUUUUCAAAAUAGAAGGCAACGUCCAGCAACUAAAUAUUGGCUACGUGGACCAAACGGAACACAGAGGCAAGAUGGACAGAUGUAGCCUAGGUUUUUGACAUAGUUUUUAAAAGCCGAGGCUACUGAAGAAUGUUGGAGCCUUUUAUUUUUUUCUUUCUUUGUGACCUCAUGCAAAUUGUUCUCAUUGCCUGAAUAUGGGGGAUAAAUACCUUUCUGUUCCUUGCAGUUCAAGUUGCAUUCUGUCCUGUGUAGAGCAGUGGUGUCUCAGAUGAACUUGUUUCCCGGUUUUGCAUCUUGUGAUAUGUUUUUGUAUUUUUGUUGAAGGUCAAACAUUUGUAUAAAUUGUAAAUAUAUUUAGUUUAUUACAGUAAAGGCUUUAGUACCAACAACCAGUCUUCCCCCCUCCCCCCUCCCUUCCUGCCCUGCUUAUUUAAAAUUAAAAACCUUUUGGGGAUAUAAGUACCUUUUUAGAAGCAAAAGCAAACACUAUGUAUAGUUUGAAAAUGGUGUCUUAUUCUUUAUAACUCUUCCUAGAUUCCUUUAUCAUACUUCAAAGUAGUUGUUUUGACAUUAGGGUAUCAAGUCCGGUAGAUACUGUCUUGUGCUACAGAAAAAUUAAAAGGCAAUUUUGUACUAAUCAUAGUGUAAAUAUAAAAAUUGAACAUUUCAUAAAGA